UCUCUCCAUCUCUCUACUUCCUCUGUUUCUUCUCUCUCUGUUUCUUCUCUCCUCCAUCCUUCAGACAGACAGACGGGUCGAACUCUUGGCCUUCAUCACCACCACCAUCAUCAUCAUCAUCCUCAGAGGAAGACGGGAAGGGAGCCCCCUGACCCUCGCCCCGCCGGGUCACCAUGGCAACGGUCAUCUGCACUCGUUUCACCGAAGAGUAUCAGCUGUACGAGGAGCUGGGCAAGGGAGCGUUUUCCGUGGUGCGACGCUGUGUGAAGGUGCUGUCGGGCCAGGAGUACGCCGCCAAGAUCAUCAACACCAAGAAACUGUCUGCCAGAGAUCAUCAGAAGUUGGACCGUGAAGCUCGUAUCUGUCGUUUACUGAAGCACCCCAACAUCGUUCGGCUACAUGACAGCAUUUCAGAGGAGGCGCACCAUUACCUCAUCUUUGACCUGGUCACAGGUGGAGAGUUAUUUGAAGAUAUUGUAGCCAGAGAAUAUUACAGUGAAGCUGACGCCAGUCACUGUAUCCAGCAGAUUCUGGAGGCGGUGCUACACUGUCACCAGAUGGGCGUGGUCCACCGAGACCUGAAGCCAGAGAACCUGCUGCUGGCCUCGAAGUCUAAAGGAGCGGCGGUGAAACUGGCUGACUUCGGCCUCGCCAUCGAGGUGGAGGGAGACCAGCAGGCCUGGUUCGGCUUUGCGGGGACGCCUGGUUAUCUGUCUCCAGAGGUUUUGAGGAAGGAUCCGUACGGCAAAGCAGUCGACCUCUGGGCCUGUGGUGUGAUUCUCUACAUCUUAUUGGUCGGUUAUCCUCCGUUCUGGGAUGAAGAUCAACAUCGUCUCUACCAGCAGAUCAAAGCUGGAGCUUAUGAUUUUUCCUCCCCUGAAUGGGACACGGACUCCUCCAAAGAUCUCAUUAAUAAGAUGUUCACCAUCAACCCGCCCAAACGGAUCACAGCAGCCAACGCCAAACACCCCUGGAUCUCUCAUCGCUCCACAGUGGCGUCCUGUAUGCACAGACAGGAGACGGUCGAGUGUCUGAAGAAGUUCAACGCCAGGAGGAAACUCAAGGGAGCCAUCCUGACCACCAUGUUGGCCACCAGAAACUUCUCCGGAGGAAAGAGUGGAAGCAACAAGAAGGCCGACGGAGUCAAGGAAUCAUCUGAGAGCACAAACACCACCAUAGAGGAUGAAGACACCAGAGUGAGGAAACAGGACAUCAUUAAAGUCACUGAGCAGCUCAUCGAAGCGAUCAGCAACGGAGACUUUGAGAGCUACACUAAAAUGUGCGACCCGGCUGUGACGGCAUUCGAGCCCGAGGCGUUGGGGAAUCUGGUCGAAGGCCUCGACUUCCACCGCUUUUAUUUUGAAAACUUGUGGUCUAAGAACAGUAAACCGGUCCACACCACCAUCUUGAACCCUCACAUCCACCUGGUCGGGGACGAGGCCGCCUGCAUUGCUUACAUCAGAGUGACGCAGUACAUCGACGCCAACGGGACGCCUCGCACCGCCCAAUCAGAGGAGACCAGGGUGUGGCACCGCCGCGACGGGAAGUGGCAGAUCGUUCAUUUCCACCGCUCAGGCUCCGCCUCCACACUCAACAAGUAA